CAAAGUUCAAAAUGAGUAAACAAGCUGUAAUGGGUGUUAGCACAAAAGCUCCAAAAGUAGUAGCUAAAAAGAAAACUGCCCAGCCUAAUGGUAUUGUGUCAGUACAAAUUCAUUGCGUAAUUGCAUUUCUAUUGAGACUCAUUCUCAUCACUUACUCAAACUAUCAUGAUAAAUAUUUUAAAGUUCCAUACACCGAUGUGGAUUAUAAAGUAUAUACAGAUGCAGCACGGUAUAUUACCAAAGGACAAUCUCCAUAUGAUCGUCAUACUUAUCGAUAUACACCAUUACUUGCCUUGUUAAUGACACCAAACAUUUACAUUCAUCAAGAUUGUGGCAAAGUUUUUUUCUCAGUUGUAGAUAUAUUGGUAGCCAAGAUAAUGAGGAAACUUUUAAUUAGACAAAAUUUCAAGCAACAAACAGCCAAUUUAUGUGCUCUGCUGUGGUUGUACAAUCCAUUAGCAGUAGUCAUAUCAACUAGAGGAAAUGCAGAUUCACUUGCAGUUUAUUUGGUUUUAUGGACUUUGUAUUUAUUGCAAAGCGAUCAUAUAGUCAUGGCAGGAAUUGUUCAUGGAUUAUCUAUUCAUUUCAGACUCUAUCCCUUGGCUUUCAGUCUAGUAAUGUAUAUUUAUCUCCAAGAAAAGAACUUAUUUUUACCAAAUAAAAAACAGCUUAAAUUGAUUGUGCCAUGUGCACUUACUUUACUCGAUUUGACAGCUAUUUUCUAUGGGCUAUAUGGUAAGAAGUUUUUAGAUGAAAGUUUUAUUUACCAUUUAGUCAGGAAAGAUGUGAGGCAUAAUUUUUCAGUUUUCUUUUAUAUGCUGUAUCUUUCAGCAAACGAAGGUCCUUCUUUGGUACAAAAAUUUCUCACAUUUCUACCUCAAGUUUCAAUAUUGGUAGCUCUAGCUUUUCGUUACUCGACUAAAGAAAAGUUACCGUUUGCAUUUUUUACCCAAGCGAUAACGAUGGUAACAUUUAAUCCUGUCAUGACUUCCCAGUACUUUUUCUGGUUUCUAUCUUUGCUUCCCAUAUGUUUGCCAUAUUUAAAAAUGAGUCUCAUGAGAACAAUUACAUUAUUGGUUACUUGGAUUCUCAGUCAAAGUUUGUGGUUGUAUGCUGCAUAUUUAUUGGAAUUCAAGGGAAUCGAUUCCUUUGACCACAUUUGGAUUUCUGGGAUUGUAUUUUUUAUUGUAAAUAUCAAGAUUCUUAUUGAUUUGAUCAAUUGUUAUAAAUUGUAAUUAUUUACAAUGUACCAAGUUGUAAUAAAAUGUUAGUAAUGAGUGUAAUUCAUAGGAAAUAAAGUAAAACUUGAUGUAUUUCAAUUCA